UGUUUUCUUUAACUAAAUUAGUUAGACACGAAUACAUACAAAGACUGACGUGGCAUGUCUGCUCCUUCUUCGUGAUUUUCUGCCACGAAGUCGUUCCUAUUACCUUCUCCGUUUCAAUUCCUUUCUUCCCCAAAUAUCCCAAAUCUCAAAUUACCCAAUUCUCACCUCCUCAGAUCUUUUCCAUUCAAUUCAAUUCCCACAAAAACUCGCCAAUUUUCGAAUUCCCGAUUCCGAUUUUUCCAUCUAGGUUUCACUGCUUCUCAUCACACCCCGAUCGAUUUCGAUUAGAUUUCAAUUAUAGCAUCAUCUUAGGUUGAUAAAUUCAAUUUCCGCAUUUAUUAUCGGAAUCGUUUCUGCUAAGUAGGGUUUCAAUUUUCCGGAUCGAAUUGUGAGGAAGAAUGGAAACGAGUCGAAGAGCGGUGGAAUCGUACUGGAGAUCGCGGUUAAUCGAUUCAGCUACAUCGGAUGAAGAUAAAGUUGCGCCUGUUUACAAAUUGGAAGAAAUCUGCGAGCUUUUGCGCUCUUCGCAUGUUAGUAUUGUCAAGGAGCUUUCAGACUUUGUCUUGAAACGUUUGGAACAUAAGAGUCCCAUUGUAAAACAGAAGGCAUUAAGGUUGAUAAAAUAUGCGGUUGGAAAGUCUGGUGCUGAGUUCAGAAGGGAAAUGCAGAGACAUUCAGUGGCAAUUCGUCAAUUAUUGCACUACAAGGGACAGCCGGAUCCUCUGAAAGGCGAUGCACUAAAUAAAGCUGUGCGGGACACUGCCACUGAGGCUGUCUCUGCCAUCUUUUCAGAAGAUAAUAAUAACAAUAACAAUAAUAAUCAUCAGCAGAAGGCUGCCGCACCUUCUCAUGAUCUUAACCGGCGGAUACAAGGGUUUGGGAAUACAAACUACGAAGUGCCAUCUGAAGAUAAGAAGUCUUUUAUUAGUGAGGUAGUUGGUAUUGGAAGUGCAUCAAUUAAGCAAGGACUUCAUAGCUUAACACAGGGACAUUCACUAAUGAAGAAUGAAACUGGAAGUGGAAGCUACAAGAGUCCAAAUCUUCAGAGGUCGUUGACCUUCGAAUCAGAACAUGGUGACAGAUAUGAACCCGUUGCGUAUCGUAGUGAAAGUCAGAGUACUUUUGGAGUUCCAAAGAAUCAAUCUAGUGGUUCUUGGAAUCAGGAUUCAAGAGUAACUAAGAUGGAAAUUUCAAAUAGUGAAUCCAGUGGAAAUUUUUCAGAGAACAAGACUAGAGAGGAUAGGUUGGUGGAAACAAUUGUAACUUCAGGAGGUGUUCGCCUACAACCCUCUCGAGAUGCCAUUCAUGCUUUUCUAACAGAGGCUGCAAAGUUGGAUGCUCUGGCUUUAGGCCAUGCCCUUGAACUAAAGCUCCAAUCUCCUAUUUGGCAGGUGCGCAUGAAAGCGGUUUGUGUUCUUGAGUCCAUCAUCAGAAAGAAGGAUGAUGAACAUUUUUUAUGCGUGGCAUCUUACUUUGCUGAAAAUAAUGAUGUCGUGCUGAAAUGUUCAGAAUCUCCCCAAGCCUCUUUGAGGGAAAAGGCUACAAAGGUUCUUGGUCUUUUAGGUGGAAGCCAGCCAAACAGUUCUGCCAUUAAUUCAGAGAAAGCUGUAAAGACAGAGCGUGCCAUUGUUGCUGAAUUGCCUGACUUGAUAGACACUGGCUAUUCAAAUGACAACACAACCAAUAUUACAGAUGAACAAAGUAUAGGGAAUCUGACAUCAUCCGCACCUCUGGUUGAUGAUUUAUUUGGAGAUAUAAGUGGCUCUAUUGGAGCUAGUCAUGAGCUGAAAAAUGAUGACGACCCAUUUGCAGAUGUAUCAUUUCACACAGGUGAGAGAAAAGAACAAGCAGAUGAUUUAUUUUCAGGGAUGAUAGUUGGUGAAGAUAAACAGGGUGACCAUGAGAGUCACAAGCAGGGGAUUCCAAGUGAUCCUCAACUUUUUGACAUUUUUGGUUCCAGUUCUAGGCAAGGAAAUCAUAGCGAGUCUGUUAGUGAUUUAAUGGGUGGUUUGUCAAUAGAUGAAAAUACCUCAACUAUGAAGCAUAAGGGAACAUCUUCUGCGGUGCAAUCUGAAUCUUUAUUUUCAGGUUUAAACAACCAUUCCCCUGACAAUACUCUAGGUGGUAUGUUGGGCUCUCAACCAGUUGGGUUCAAUGUAAAUACGAUGUUUCCCACUGGGCAUCUGCCUUAUAAUAUGCAGCCUGGUGUUAUGUUGAACCAACAAUAUCCUUCUCAGCCUCUUAAUUAUGGUGCCAUGGGAACUCUCUUAGCUCAGCAGCAAUUACUGGCAACAAUGGCGAAUUUUCAACACCUUAAUAAUGUCAAUAUGCGAGAUGAUGGCAUUGCUCAAAUGGUUGGACCUAAUGGAAAUACCCCUUUGCCAGACAUAUUUCAACCAAAUUUUGCAUCUCAAACUCCCAGCUCAAUGAUCAAUAAUUCAAAGAAAGAAGAUAAUACUAAAGCAUUUGAUUUUAUCUCGGACCAUCUUGCCUCUGCUCGGGAUUCAAGAAGAGUGAUUUGAAAUUUAGAUUUUGUGCUUCGCGGAGGAUAUUUAAGGCUUUGUAGUAUUGGAUUGACAUUAAUAGAUCAAAUGUUUUUUGUGUUUCAUUUCCUUCGCAACAUAUGAUAUUCUACAUGUUCAUGUCAACAACAACAUAAUAAAGUGAGAAACAUUUUGGACAUGGAAUAAGAGGUUUAAAAUGGUUGCAGAUCA